AUGUCUCUCCCUUCUCUCCAAUUCAAGGGGGAGAGGGGGAGUGAAUUGGAGAGUCUUGGAUUGGAGAAUGAUGUGUUUGAAGAUACUGCUCUCGGGAAGGAAACGAUCUGUCGCAUUGAAGUAAGUGACCGGUUGCCCUUAUCUGGUGAUGAAACUUGUGGUCCCUGUGAAGAAAUGAUUGAUCGCCCUUUGGAACACGACCAGUCGCCCAUAUCUGGACAUGAAGCAAGUGCUCUCGAUCUCGAAACGACCGGUCACACUGAAGCAAUGGCAAAGCUCAAUACUGUGCAUGUACUAUUGUCCCUGGCUGCUAACCGCGACUGGCCCUUAUUACAAUUCGAUGUCAAAAAUGUGUUACUACAUGGUGACCUCAAGGAGGAGAUUUACAUGGAUCUCCUUUCUGGUAUUCCUAUAACCUAUAAGGAGGGUGUUAAGUAUUUGGCUUCCGAGUUUGAGAUGAAGUCAUUGGGUGAUUUGAAGUACUUUCUUGAGAUUGAAGUUGCUAGAUCUAAACAUGUGAGUGUAGUGAGUCAGUUUAUGCAUUCUCCUAGUGAAGAUCAUAUGGGUGCUGUGAUGCGCAUCUUGAGGUAUCUGAAAGUAACUCUUGGAAAUGGGUUAAUGUUUUGCAAGUAUGGGUAUUUCACAUUUGUUGGUGGUAAUCUUGUUACUUGGAAGAGUAAAAAGCAAAAAGUGGUGUCUAAGUCUAGUGCCAAGGCCGAUACCGUGGGAUGGCUCAAGGUGUGUGCGAGUUACUAUGGUUGA